AAAAAAUAACAUAUUAACAAUAAUAUUAUUUGUUAUAGAAUUUUAGAUAUUUACUUGAUUUUUGUAGAUAUUUUUUGUACACGUGUGGAAAUAAUUAAGUAAUUAAUCAAAGAAUAAUAAAAAUAUUUUUUUUUUGUCUAUAAUCACAGUAUCUGUAGUAGUACUAAAGUAUAUCGUAGUAUACGCGAAGGAAAUUUUGUUUUCUUCCAUAGUUGUAUUUAAUCAUGAUUUAUAUACACAUUUAUGAAUAGUUUAAGUUGUCAACAUAUUUUAAAUCAGACGACGACUUAUAACUUGUUUCUGUUAACUAAAUAACUAAAAGACCUUGACACUAUGCCUGAAAAUGAAAGCGAUGUGGCUGGCCCUUCGAAAAAAAAGGUGGAUAAAAAUCAAUCUGCGGAAAGCUUAGUCGUUACUGUGGACAAAAAGGCAGACAAGAGUGACGGGGACGAGACCAAACCGCGUAUAGUGUUAACAUUUAGAUCUGAGAAAUCGGGAACUAAAAGUAGUAACAUGAAGAUAGUUUCUAACGAGGAUAAACACGAGGAGUUCUCACCGAGGCGUUCUAGCAGGACGAGAGGUAGGUGGGAGUGGUCAGAGGAUAAUGACUCUGUGUCACCCAAAAAAGACAAAAGUGUAAGCCAGUCUGUAUCUGAAAAUGAUGAGGCAUCUGAUAGUUCGCACACUACGCCCAAACGCUCAACAAGACGCCGAAGCAAAGACUCUUCCGAUAAUGUCCUAGCUAACGCUAUAGCAAGAAAAGAAAAAUCAUAUAAUGAAACAUCUGGUCCUACUCAAAGGCUGUCCCGUCGUAUAAAACCUACUGCUAAGGUAUUAGAAAAUGAGGAGCUACGUAUUGGUGUUGAAUCUCAGAAUAAUGCUCGGCUCGGUUUACAAGAUAAGCAGGAAGAAGGUGUACGGACUAGACGCUCUGCUAAGUCCGCUGCCUCUGAAGGUACUCAGAAUGUGGAGAAAAAGGAUAAGAGUUCAAGGGUAGAAACUAGAAAUUCUAAUGAUAAAAGUCAAAGCAAAGUGAUGAAACUCAAGCACUUGUGUGAAUUGGGGUUGCAGGCAAUUAACUUGGACUCAACAGAGGAUGAUGUGGAGAUCAGAGACACAGAAGAUAAUGAAAUAGAAGUGAUGGAUGAAGAUGAAGAAGAGGAAAUUGAUGAUGACUCUGAAGUUAUCAGUAAACUUCUAGAGGCUGAUGAAGACACUGCCUCUGAAAGCAGUGAUGAAGAAUUUUACUGCUCUGCAGAAGCAUCAGAGACAGAACGACCAAGGCGCUCCCAUAGACUCAACUCCACAUAUGGAAUGAAUGACAGUGAUUGUUCAUCACCAAUAGCCCAUGGUGAUGAAGAGAAGGCUCCACCACGCCGGUCCUCGAGGCGGACCAAUAAGCAUUACAUCGAUGACACUGACAGAGCGUACAUGCCGCGACGGAAGAAAAACCGCGCGUCCCGCGGAGAGGAAGCGCAGUCGGAAGCUGAACAAGAUGAUAACAGCAACCCAGCGGCAGGUGAUGAAGGUUCAGAAGCCGCCUGCCCUGACGAGGAGUCAACAGUGGUGGCUACAUGUCUGUGUGAGAAGCCAAGUAACAUAUAUCCAGCACCUGAAGAACUUACAGAGCCAGUGUUCUGCCAAGCGAUUGAGAUGGUGGACGGUGUUCGCGUGGGAUGUUCGCACCCGGCGCGGAGGGAGGGAGGGAAGCUGGCGGCGCUGCAGCGGGCCGGGCCCCGAGCGCCCUACGUGCUGGCGUGCAGCCUCCACGCCGCUCAGCUGCAGCGCCACAUGUGUUGCCCCGCCUGCGGACUGUUCUGUACUCAAGGCAUAUUCUACCAAUGCUCAGAAGGGCAUUUGUUCCAUCUUGAGUGUGGGCUACCUACCGCCGAGUCAAAGUUGCUUACUGGCUGUCCGCACUGCGGCGUGCUGUCGUACCGCUGGCAGCCGGUCAACCGCGACUGCUCGAAGGUUCACGUGCAGAUGCACUGUAGCAACAAGAGGAUUUUUUUGCCUGACCAAAGGGAGCAGUGUACUCCGGCGUAUCUCAGUUUCUCAACCUCGAAGCUAUUACAAGAGGAUGAACAGCCACUUAUACCAGAAGACCUGCUGCCGUCUAACUUGGAAGAUUUGAAGCGCCUAUGUGAAAAACCUGAGAGUACUGACUAUGAAGAACUGCUGAGCGGCUCGCCCGCGCAGACGCUCUGUGAUGCCAUAUUAGCGGGGGAAUCCAUUGAGCAGCUUAUACCUAAGAUUGCGUCAGUCGCCGACGUGAACGAGAAACUGGAGUGCAUGGACGGCGGCACGUGUGCGCACGCGGCGGCGCGGAGCGGACGCGCGGCCGCGCUCGGGCUGCUGCGCGGCGCCGGCGCGCGCCUGGACGCGGCCGACGGCGCCGGCCGCACGCCGCUGCUGCUCGCCGUGCGAGGCUGCUGCGCGGCGCCGGCGCGCGCCUGGACGCGGCCGACGGCGCCGGCCGCACGCCGCUGCUGCUCGCCGUGCGAGGUUAGUGCCAGCCCGGCGUCCGGCGUCCGGCGGCCGCGCUCGGGCUGCUGCGCGGCGCCGGCGCGCGCCUGGACGCGGCCGACGGCGCCGGCCGCACGCCGCUGCUGCUCGCCGUGCGAGGUUAGUGCCAGCCCGGCGUCCGGCGUCCGGCGGCCGCGCUCGGGCUGCUGCGCGGCGCCGGCGCGCGCCUGGACGCGGCCGACGGCGCCGCCCGGCGUCCGGCGUCCGGCGGCCGCGCUCGGGCUGCUGCGCGGCGCCGGCGCGCGCCUGGACGCGGCCGACGGCGCCGGCCGCACGCCGCUGCUGCUCGCCGUGCGAGAAUUGGUUGAUAAAAAUGACGAAAUCAGCAAAAAGUUGAAAAUAACGAAAGACACUACAGAAGAGACGAAAUUAGAUGAAAAUAAGGAGGAAGACAAAGAAGAUGACGAAGCAGCUGAUACGAAACAACAGACUGAAAUAGAAAAGGAUGAAAAAGAAACUGAUGAACUCAAACCUAGUGAUGAGGACCUGUUAAAGGUGAUCAGAUACUUGAUUGCCGCAGGCUGUGAUGUUAACUUUCCGGGUCCCGAGGAGAUGACGGCGCUGCACGUGUGCGGCGCGCGCGGCGGCGCGGCGGGCGCGGCGGCGGCGCGCGCGCUGCUGGCGGCGCCCGCCGCGCGGCCCGACGCGCGCGACGCCGGCGGCUGGACGCCGCUCGCCUGGGCCGCCGACCACCAGCACCCCGCCCUCGUCAGGUUGUUUCUAUCGGCGGGAGCGGACGCAGGCACAAUUGACAACGAGGGCAACGGGGCGAUCCACUGGUGUGCGCUGGGCGGCAACCAGGACGCGCUGCUGCAGCUGCUCACCGCCGCGCCGCACGUGCUCGACGCAGGCAACGCGCACGGCGACACACCGCUGCACGUGGCAGCUCGCCAGGGACACUACGCCUGCGUCGUCAUAUUGCUCGCUCACGGCGCACGGACGGACAUAGCGAACAGCGCGGGAGAGGUUGCAGCGUCAGUGUGCGCGAACGAGAGGUGCGAGGCGGCCAUCUCGCUCGCCAUGCACAUGCGCGCCGCGGGACACGCGCCGCCCCCGCGGCUUCUAUCCAACGACAUCUCGCGCGGCCGCGAGUACUACCCGGUGCCGUGCGAAAACGAGGUGGACGACGAGCCGCUGCCCGACGAUUUCACGUACGUGACGCAGCACGUGAUGCCGCAGAACAUCGCCGUUGACUACUCCAUACCCACCAUGCAGGGUUGCUCGUGUGCCCAAAGUUCAGAGGGCUCGGACGGCGCGUGCUGCAGCGCGUCGUGCGCGUGCGUGGCGCUGGGCGUGCGGCGCUGGUACGACGCACGUGGCCGCCUCGCGCACAACUUCCCCUACCACGACCCGCCCAUGCUGUUCGAGUGCAACCAGACCUGCGGCUGCGAUCUCAGGAAAUGCGGCAACAGUGUAGUGACGAAGCUGCUGCAGCGCGGCUCGCUGGGCGUGCGCACGGCGGUGUUCCGCACUGGUGCGGGUGCGGGUGCAGGGGGCGGGGGCGGGGGCGGGGCGCGGGCCCGCGGCCGCGGCUGGGGGCUGCGCGCGCGGCAGGCGGCGGCGCGCGGCGCGGCCGUGGCGGCCUACUGCGGCGAGCUGCUGCCGCUGCCGGAGGCCGACACGCGCGCCGCCGACCAGUACAUGUUCGCGCUCGACGUCAAGCCCGACCUGCUCGAGCAAUGUUCUGAGAAGAGCUUGCUGUGCGUGGACGCGGCGCGGUACGGCAGCGCGGCGCGGUUCAUCAACCACAGCUGCCGACCCAACGUGGCGCCCGUCCGCGUGUACACGCACACGCGCGACCUGCGCCUGCCCACCGUCGCUCUCUUCGCCACGCGCGACAUCGCACCGCACGAGGAGCUCACAUUCGAUUACGGCGACAAAUUCUGGUCUGUGAAAUCGAAAUGGAUGAAGUGCGAGUGUGGCGCGUCCGACUGCAGGUACCCAGAGAAAUCGGGAGAAGACAGCGAAGGCUAAUAUAGUACUAUAAAUAAAUCCAACUUUACUAUUACUAGUAUUUAUUAUAAUAGAAUUUUUUAAGUGUACAAACUACACUUUACAAUUGUCUUAAAACAUAGAUGAUAAGCGUAACUAAAUAAACAAUAUAUAUUUUAAAAAUC